UGCCAAUUUAUGGCCAAUCGUGCGGGAUGGGGACUCUUUUGUAGAUUAAUACUCUAUUUGGUAAUUUCAAGUCGCAAUUGUUGUCAGACAACAACACUACAAUAUUCUUCAAGGACGUUUGGGGCUGCUUUCGAAAUGAAUUAGAUUGAAGGAAUGAACUCUUCUGUUAUUCAAAUACAUUUAUAACAGUCUUUCUAGAACUUUCGACGGGCUGCAAGCUAGACGGUCACAGACGUGUCGAGGAAAAGUAUCGCGCGAAGUUGACGUUCCGACUCUUUCAGCCUCGAAAUCUGAACUGGCUUGAUAUUUUCUCCCGAGCUAGCUUCAUCAUGGCAGCCAGAGCUUCGAGUUCUACCAUUCUUCUCAUUCUUGCAAUGAUGUUGAUGCCACCUUGCAAGGCCGACUACUUCUGCGGCAUCAACAACGCAUGCUACAUGAUUCCCAGUGGAUGUACCUACGGAAACUGUGACUUUGAGGUGGUUUGGAGUCAGCAAGCCAACUCUACCAAGUAUGACUUCAAGAUCGCUGCAAGGGCAACAGGUUGGGUGGCUAUCGCUAUUACCCACGAUAAAAAAAUGGGAGAUGAUGACGUAUACAUGUGUAGCGUAAACGAGACCGGCACGGGGUCCAAGUUUGAGCAUCGCUUCAACAGGGGAAGGGCCAACAUUGCAGGCAGUGGGGUUGGCGUUGUGAACACUGAACUUACAACCAAAAAUGGCGUGGUUAGCUGUCGAUUUGAGCGGGACUUGAGUGUGACUAACAAUGGCGUGACCUUCAACUUGACCACUGAUUGGUACAUGUUCUUCGGAAAAGGCCCUCUGGUUUCAGGUAAUCCUGUGCAGCAUGAAAAAAUCCCCAUGGUCACCAAACAGAAGGUUGACUUCUCGCUGCUCCCAAUCAUAUCCACGGAUGACCUGGAAGAUCCCCACGUCGAAGACGAUAAUGGCGCCACUGCCCAUCGAGCAGGUCUUCUGCUGGUGACGUGCAGCAUCAUGGCCAUUCUGACUGGUACACAGAUGUAGACAUGGGACAUCGUCUGUGAACCGAUGCAAACUGAUACGCGUACUCAGUGCAAGGUCCUCUACGAGCACGCGUUAUUUUUGUACUUAUUGGGAUU